UCUGAAAGUUGGUCUCUUUUAGUAUUUUAUUCUGCUGAUACAAAAACCCAAAAUAGAAAAACCCUAGCUAAAUCAAUUAUCCAUUUCAGUCAAGAUUUUAAAAUAUGGAGAAGGAAAUAUACCAAAUACCAAAAGUGAAACUUGGAAAUUAUGGUUUAGAGGUUUCUAGAGUUGGAUUAGGAUGUGCAGGACUUUCUGGGUUUCUGAAUGCUCCAAUCUCUCAUGAAGAUGGAAGUGCUCUCAUCAAAGAGGCUUUUUACAAAGGUGUCACCUUCUUUGAUACAUCUGAUAAAUAUGGAAAUCAUGAUAAUGAAAUCAUGCUUGGCAAGGCUAUGAAACAGCUUCCCCGAGAUAAAGUUCAGUUGGCUACAAAAUUUGGAUUCGUGAUGUUAGAGAAUGGUGAAUUUGAGAUUAAGGGGGAUGCUGAGUACGUAAGGAAAUGUUGUGAAGCUAGUCUGAAACGAUUGGAUGUCGAGUAUAUAGAUCUGUAUUAUCAGCAUCGAGUUGACACUUCAGUGCCAAUAGAGGAAACUAUGGGAGAGCUUAAAAAUCUGGUAAAUGAAGGAAAAAUAAAAUAUGUUGGGUUAUCAGAAGCAAGUUCAGACACUAUAAAGAGAGCUCAUGCAGUUCAUCCCGUCACUGCCUUGCAGAUGGAAUAUUCAUUAUGGAGCCGUGAUAUUGAAGAAGAGAUCAUUCCCCUUUGCCGACAGCUUGGAAUUGGGAUGGUAGCAUAUAGUCCCCUUGGCGUUGGCUUCUUUGCUGGGAAGGCAGUUGUCGAAAGCUUGCCUGCCGGAAGUUUUUUGGCACAAGUACAUCCGAGAUUCAAACAAGAGAACAUAGAGAAAAAUAAAGUCCUAUAUAUCCGACUUGCAGACUUGUCUAAGAAGCAUGGCUGCACCCCUCCUCAGCUAGCUCUCGCAUGGCUCCUCCAUCAAGGGGACGACAUUGUCCCAAUUCCUGGAACAACCAAAAUUAAGAACCUUAAUAACAAUAUUGGCUCAUUGGCAUUGACACUUAGAGAAGAGGAUAUAAAAGAAAUUUCUGAUGCCGUGCAAGUUAAUGAAGUUUGUGGCUCGAGAGAAGUACCGUUCCUAGCUAAAUAUACAUGGAGGCUUGCAAAUACGCCACCGAAAUGAUAAACUAAAUUAUAUACAUGUUUCUUUGAAUAAAAAAACAUACUAGUUAAUAAAGAAAAAAAUUAUAUUGUCUUA